UUCCCAAGGUGCAGGUUGCGCAACUUUUUCGGGAUGCCUCCUAAGCCCAGGCAAUGGAUGUCAUGUAGAUUGCAGAAGUGGCCUAGACCACCGAGACGUGUUCGUUGCCGCCUCCCAGCGAAGCUCUCCGGCAGGAGCAACCCAUUUACAUGGCAUGUAAAAAGAUCCUUACACAACCGGAACCACAAAAGCAUUUGGAGUCGAGAUGAUAUUCAAGAGAACAGCACGUAUUCUAAUUUUAAAGCUCGUAAUCCAGACCUGUUUCAACGAAAAGAUCAGGUUUUCCAGGAGCUUGAGGCCAAUCGGUUGCAGUGGCAUACACCCCCACCAAUUGUCUACCAUGAUCUAGUUGAUGUAGCGGCGAAGGUUGGGCGUGUCGAGGAACGUAUAGGAUACAGUUUCAAGAACAAAAUGCUGUGCAUCGAAGCACUAAAGCUCACAUCGUCGGCUACACCACUAUACUUCGACGGUAAGACUUAUCAUGUCGAAAGGAACAACCGAAUGGCACUGCUAGGUGAUCGCCUUCUCACGUUGGCUUUGUGCGAUACUUGGUUCCAAACGGGAAACCCUGCAGUAAACUACAAUACGAUGCAAAGGAAUUCAGAAAAUCGAAAGGUUCUUCUCAAAAAAGGGAAAGCACUUGGUAUACGCGAAAAUUUGGUAUGGUAUGAUCAGCGGACCUCAAAGCCCGAUGCCAGGCUCGAUGCCGACAAUGCGUUUAGCGAGGCGAUUCCCGAGGCGGUUGAAGCUAUCCUUGGUGCUGUGUGGUUGGAUUCCGGGAAAAGCAUUGAAACUGUCAAGGAAGUCAUCAAUAAAGCCGCGCUUGAUACACACGAGCAAUUGAAAGUAGAUGUUCAGUCUCAGGACAUGCAUAAGAAGAAAGAGCUUUCAAGAUUCCGGGUUUUUGAACACAUCGUGUCCAGGAAACGCAAGAAGGGAUCGAAACGACUCAGGAUAGAAUACGAGACAGAGCAGAACGAACUCAGGAUAGACAGAGAAAAGAGUCGGAACCUGAAAGAAGAAGCACAGCCAGAGAGCCACAACCCAGCACUAAGACCAAAACUAACACACUUCCUAAAGAGAAGCCUUGGCGCAAUGGUAGCGCGUUGGUCUUCGGUUGAAAGCAUAAACACCGAAGAAUCGAAAAUGAAUCCGUGCGCAAUCGCAGCUGCUAGCAGGCUAUCAAAGGAGCGCAAUAUGUUAAAUGAUAAAUCCGGUCAUGACUACCUCACAACAGAUUCUGGACGACAGCUUUCAUCGAUAUCUCGCAAAGAGGACGAAGAAAAGGUAGAUACUCUGUGUGAGUCAGGCGACCAGGAUCCACAGACAUCGUCGCACGCGAAAAAGGCGGGCCGCAGAGCUAAAGGUCAAUCGCAACAGAUCGAUGCUAUGAGUACAGGUUUGAACACUGGAGACCAAAGACGUAAAGAGACUCUCUGGCUGCGUGCACUUGGGAUGCAAGGGAUGUUAAAGAUGCGGGGUAUAGACAUAGAUGUUUGGAAUUUGUACCAAAAUAUGACAGUAAGCGCGCGACAGAACAGCAAAGCGAGAGACAGGGUAUGGUCACCUGUGGAAGAGUGGCGGGGUUUACACCGUGAACACCGAAGAAUUAACCUGAAAAGCCGGCUGCGUGCAGUUGCGAUACGACACAUGUUGAAGACGCGGGGUAUAGAUAUAGAUGUUGAGAGUUUAUACCAAGACGUUAAGUUCAUCUCGAUGAGAAACUUGAAAUCUUUGACGGUAGAGGAAGCAAGAUCUAUACAGGAAAACUCGGUUCCUGUAUGGAAAAUCAUCGGACAGGAGAAAUUUUCUACCAAGAUCAAGUCGGCUUCCCCUACUCUUGAAUCGAGAAGCAACGGCACAAUCACAUCUCCAAUCCCAGUGUCAGGUCAGAAACUCUCGAGUUCCCCGGAGCAGCCCAGUCCCACGAAAAGAGUUCGGUCAGCUAGUGAAAUCCGUGAGAAGACUCUUCAGGAGCUCUCAAGACAUCUAGAAAACACAGGCUUUGAGAGCGCUUCAGCUGUCAAUAGUCGAGACGAAAACAAAAAGAUGAAAUUGCGCACUAAGGAUGUCGAACAAUUAGAACGAGAUAUCCUUAGCUCGCACAAAGACAUAUGGCAAGCGAACGGGACUGCUGAUUCAUCAUGGAAGCCUACCAAACGCUCCUACGACCGUAUCGCCAAUAUACAACUUUCACGGGAUUAUCAAAUUCUUGCAGAGCGGUUGGCUAGGCGCACUCCAACAACCCGUGAAGCCACGAAUGAAGAGGACGCUAGACUAAGGAACUCAUUACAGGAGGACCUUCUAGAGGCGGACAUAAAUUACAGACCAUUCGUUCAAUUAGAAUCCGAUAAGUCAGCAACGGAGGUGCCUGCUACGCCCGCUACGCCUGCUACGCCACGACCGGGGCCUAGAAGAAAACUUACACUAUAUACCCCCAGUAUUCGAAGGCAAAUGGUUCUAUCUGCUCUUAGUCCAAGAGCAUAUUGA